GCUGGCCAUGCUCCGCCGGAAGGCGCCUUGUUCUCCAAGACGGUGAGUUGAAACGCUGACUGGGAAGGAAGCACCAGGACUUGUUCAGUUUUCGGCGGACACAACAUCUUUGUUUGUAUGUGGUGCUGAGGAUCGAACCCGGGCCGCACUCAUGCCAGGCGAGCGCGCUACCGCUUGAGCCACAUCCCCAGCCCCAGACUGAACCAGUAGAAGCAGACGUUUGGCCCAAAAAUUGGGAGUUCCAUCAUCUUCCUCAGAAGACCUAGCCAUCUUGCUCCAUGAAGGUCAGGACAAUCUGACAUGCACUUGUUUCUUGCCUCUUUACUUGAAGAGUAGUAGUCUCUUCCAUUGUGUACAUUUUUUUCUUAAUAGGGGAGGGGAGGGGAGAACCAAUACCCCCCCUCCCCUUCCCUCCUUAGCCUGUGAGGAAAUACCCUCCAUUAUUUUCCUAAGAUGGCAGACCCCAUCAUGGAUCUGUUUGAUGACCCAAAUUUAUUUGGCCUGGACUCUCUGACUGAUGACAGCUUUAACCAGGUCACCCAAGACCCCAUUGAAGAAGCCCUUGGACUGCCAAGCUCUUUGGACUCCUUGGAUCAAAUGAACCAGGAUGGUGGAGGUGGUGAUGUGGGGAGUUCAUCAGCAAGUGACCUGGUCUCCGCACCAGAGGAAACAGCCCCCACAGAACUUCCCAAAGAAUCCACAGCUCCAGCUCCAGAAUCCUUAACCUUGCAUGAUUAUACCACUCAGCCCACCAGCCAGGAGCAGCCAGCCCAACCUGUCUUACAGACAUCAACGUCAACAUCUGGACUUUUGCAGGUCUCCAAGAACCAGGAGAUCCUGAGCCAAGGGAAUCCUUUCAUGGGUGUCUCUGCCACAGCUGUCUCCUCCAGUAGUGCUGGAGGACAACCACCUCAGUCAGCCCCUAAGAUUGUUAUCCUUAAGGCCCCACCAAGUUCCUCAGUCACUGGUGCCCAUGUGGCACAAAUUCAGGCUCAAGGUAUCACCAGCACAGCUCAGCCACUCGUGGCUGGCACAGCCAAUGGUGGAAAAGUCACUUUUACCAAAGUGCUAACCGGCACGCCCCUUCGACCAGGUGUUUCCAUUGUCUCUGGUAAUACAGUGUUGGCCGCCAAGGUCCCUGGGAACCAGGCUGCUGUUCAGCGCAUUGUCCAGCCCAGCCGACCAGUAAAACAGCUGGUCCUCCAGCCAGUUAAGGGUUCAGCUCCUGCUGGAAACCCUGGGGCCACAGGGCCCCCACUGAAGCCUGCAGUUACACUGACCUCUACACCUACCCAGGGUGAAUCGAAACGCAUCACCCUGGUCCUCCAGCAGCCACAAUCUGGAGGUCCCCAAGGACAUCGGCAUGUUGUGCUAGGGAGUCUACCAGGCAAGAUAGUGUUACAGGGCAAUCAGCUGGCAGCCCUGACUCAAGCCAAGAAUGCCCAGGGGCAACCUGCCAAAGUAGUCACUAUCCAGCUGCAGGUGCAGCAGCCACAGCAGAAAAUCCAGAUUGUACCACAGCCUCCAUCAUCCCAGCCCCAGCCCCAGCAGCCACCCUCAGCCCAGCCAUUGACUCUCUCCUCUGUGCAGCAGGCUCAGAUAAUGGGACCAGGACAAAGCCCAGGACAAAGACUUUCAGUACCACUCAAAAUGGUGCUGCAGCCACAGGCUGGCUCUUCCCAAGGGGCCUCCUCUGGGCUCUCUGUAGUUAAAGUUCUAAGUGCCAGUGAAGUGGCAGCUCUAUCAUCACCAGCAAGCUCUGCUCCUCAUGCUGGGGGAAAGACAGGAAUGGAGGAAAACCGCAGACUGGAACACCAGAAGAAGCAAGAGAAAGCAAAUCGGAUUGUAGCAGAGGCCAUUGCUAGGGCCCGUGCCCGAGGUGAACAGAACAUACCUAGAGUCCUGAAUGAGGAUGAGUUGCCCAGUGUUCGACCAGAAGAGGAAGGUGAGAAGAAACGCAGAAAGAAGAGCAGUGGAGAGAGAUUGAAGGAGGAAAAGCCAAAGAAGAGCAAAGCAUCUGGUACCUCCAAAACUAAGGGCAAGAGUAAGCUAAACACCAUCACUCCUGUAGUGGGUAAGAAGAGAAAACGUAAUACCUCAUCUGAUAAUUCAGAUGUGGAAGUCAUGCCUGCACAGUCACCCCGGGAAGAUGAAGAAAGCAGCAUUCAGAAGAGACGGUCAAACCGUCAAGUGAAGCGAAAAAAAUAUACAGAAGACCUUGACAUAAAGAUCACAGAUGAUGAAGAAGAAGAAGAGGUGGAUGUAACUGGUCCAAUAAAACCUGAACCCAUCCUCCCUGAACCUGUGCAAGAACCAGAUGGGGAGACUUUGCCUUCCAUGCAGUUCUUUGUGGAGAAUCCCAGUGAAGAAGAUGCAGCUAUUGUAGACAAAGUACUUUCUAUGCGUGUUGUAAAGAAAGAGCUUCCCUCUGGACAAUAUACAGAAGCAGAAGAAUUCUUUGUCAAGUAUAAGAACUACUCCUAUCUACACUGUGAAUGGGCUACUAUCUCCCAACUAGAAAAGGAUAAGAGGAUCCAUCAAAAACUAAAGCGCUUCAAAACCAAAAUGGCUCAAAUGAGACACUUCUUCCAUGAGGAUGAAGAGCCCUUCAAUCCAGACUAUGUAGAAGUGGAUAGGAUAUUGGAUGAAUCUCACAGUAUUGACAAGGAUAAUGGCGAGCCUGUAAUUUACUACCUGGUGAAAUGGUGCUCUUUGCCCUAUGAGGAUAGUACAUGGGAGCUAAAAGAAGAUGUUGAUGAAGGCAAGAUUCGAGAAUUUAAGCGGAUCCAGUCAAGGCACCCAGAACUCAAAAGGGUGAAUCGUCCACAGGCAAAUGCCUGGAAGAAAUUGGAGCUGUCACAUGAAUAUAAAAACAGAAAUCAGUUACGGGAAUAUCAGUUGGAAGGGGUCAAUUGGCUGCUCUUUAAUUGGUAUAACAGGCAAAACUGCAUCCUGGCUGAUGAAAUGGGAUUAGGCAAAACUAUUCAGUCCAUAGCCUUCUUGCAAGAGGUAUACAAUGUUGGCAUUCAUGGCCCCUUCUUGGUCAUUGCUCCAUUAUCAACAAUUACUAACUGGGAGCGAGAAUUCAAUACAUGGACUGAGAUGAACACUAUUGUAUACCAUGGUAGCCUGGCAAGCCGGCAGAUGAUUCAGCAAUAUGAAAUGUACUGCAAAGAUUCACGGGGGCGCCUCAUCCCAGGUGCCUACAAGUUUGAUGCCUUGAUCACUACUUUUGAGAUGAUUUUGUCAGACUGUCCUGAGCUUCGUGAAAUUGAAUGGCGUUGUGUCAUCAUUGAUGAGGCCCAUCGGCUAAAGAACCGUAAUUGCAAGCUACUUGAUAGCCUCAAGCACAUGGACCUGGAACACAAAGUGCUACUCACAGGAACCCCAUUGCAAAAUACUGUGGAGGAACUAUUCAGCUUGCUUCAUUUCUUGGAACCUUCACAAUUUCCCUCGGAAUCAGAAUUCCUCAAGGACUUUGGGGAUCUCAAGACAGAGGAACAGGUUCAAAAGCUACAGGCCAUUCUUAAGCCAAUGAUGCUGAGAAGACUCAAAGAGGAUGUUGAAAAAAACUUGGCUCCUAAACAGGAAACUAUUAUUGAAGUAGAGCUGACUAACAUUCAGAAGAAAUACUAUCGGGCUAUUCUGGAAAAGAAUUUCUCCUUUCUUUCCAAAGGAGCAGGUCAUACCAACAUGCCUAAUCUACUCAAUACAAUGAUGGAGUUGCGCAAGUGCUGCAAUCAUCCAUAUCUCAUCAAUGGUGCAGAAGAAAAAAUCCUAACGGAAUUUCGGGAAGCUUGCCAUAUUAUACCUCAUGACUUCCACCUGCAGGCCAUGGUUCGUUCAGCUGGCAAAUUAGUUCUUAUUGAUAAGUUACUUCCAAAGCUUAAAGCUGGUGGCCAUAAAGUUCUGAUCUUCUCCCAGAUGGUACGCUGCCUAGAUAUCCUAGAGGAUUAUCUAAUCCAGAGGAGGUACUUAUAUGAACGUAUUGAUGGAAGAGUUAGAGGCAACCUCCGACAGGCUGCUAUUGACCGCUUUAGCAAGCCUGACUCAGACCGCUUUGUCUUCUUGCUGUGCACUCGAGCUGGUGGACUUGGUAUUAAUCUUACAGCUGCAGAUACCUGCAUAAUUUUUGAUUCAGAUUGGAAUCCCCAAAAUGACCUACAGGCCCAGGCACGGUGUCAUCGAAUUGGGCAAAGCAAAGCGGUGAAGGUGUACCGUCUCAUCACUCGUAAUUCCUAUGAAAGGGAGAUGUUUGAUAAGGCUAGCCUCAAGUUGGGAUUGGAUAAAGCUGUACUUCAGUCUAUGAGCGGUCGGGAUGGCAACAUUACAGGAAUCCAGCAAUUCUCCAAGAAGGAGAUUGAAGAUCUCUUAAGAAAAGGAGCUUAUGCAGCUAUAAUGGAGGAAGAUGAUGAGGGCUCCAAAUUUUGUGAAGAGGAUAUAGACCAGAUCUUGUUAAGGCGAACGACAACCAUUACCAUUGAAUCUGAAGGAAAAGGUUCUACCUUUGCCAAGGCAAGCUUUGUUGCUUCUGAAAAUAGAACAGAUAUUUCUCUGGAUGAUCCCAACUUUUGGCAAAAAUGGGCCAAAAAGGCUGACUUAGACAUGGAUGUGCUCAAUAGCAAGAAUAACUUGGUGAUUGACACACCUAGAGUACGGAAACAGACCCGCCACUUCAGCACUCUGAAAGAUGAUGACCUAGUAGAAUUCUCUGAUUUGGAAAGUGAGGAUGAUGAACGACCACGCUCCCGUAGACAUGACCGCCAUCAUGCCUAUGGGCGCACUGACUGCUUUCGGGUAGAAAAGCACCUGUUGGUAUAUGGUUGGGGACGGUGGCGAGAUAUUUUGUCUCAUGGACGCUUCAAACGACGUAUGACUGAACGAGAUGUGGAGACAAUAUGUCGUGCCAUCCUUGUGUACUGUCUGCUACACUACCGUGGGGAUGAAAAUAUCAAAGGCUUCAUUUGGGACUUGAUUAGCCCUGCUGAAAAUGGCAAGACAAAAGAAUUGCAGAAUCAUUCAGUCUUCAAUGUCUCCCCUUUCCCAGGUCUAUCUAUCCCUGUGCCCCGUGGACGCAAGGGGAAAAAAGUAAAGUCACAAAGUACUUUUGAUAUACAUAAGGCAGAUUGGAUCCGGAAGUAUAACCCUGAUACUCUGUUCCAAGAUGAGAGUUAUAAGAAGCACUUGAAACAUCAGUGUAACAAGGUACUUUUGCGAGUACGAAUGUUAUACUACCUAAGACAGGAGGUUAUUGGAGACCAGGCAGAGAAGGUGUUAGGGGGUGCCAUUGCCAGUGAGAUUGACAUAUGGUUCCCAGUACUGGAUCAAUUGGAGGUUCCAACAACAUGGUGGGACAGCGAAGCUGACAAAUCCCUACUUAUUGGAGUCUUUAAGCAUGGCUAUGAAAAAUAUAAUACUAUGAGGGCAGACCCAGCCUUAUGCUUUCUGGAAAAGGCUGGUCGACCAGAUGACAAAGCCAUUGCAGCAGAACAUCGAGUGUUGGAUAAUUUCUCUGACAUAGUAGAAGGGGUUGACUUUGAUAAGGAUUGUGAAGAUCCGGAAUAUAAACCACUCCAGGGCCCCCCAAAGGACCAAGAUGAUGAGGGUGAUCCCUUGAUGAUGAUGGAUGAAGAGAUCUCAGUGAUCGAUGGAGAUGAAGCCCAGGUGACUCAACAACCAGGACAUCUGUUUUGGCCUCCAGGGUCUGCCCUAACAGCUAGGCUUCGGCGCCUAGUAACAGCAUAUCAGCGCAGCUACAAAAGAGAACAAAUGAAAAUUGAGGCUGCAGAGCGUGGGGACCGGCGACGGAGGCGUUGUGAAGCAGCUUUUAAGCUAAAAGAAAUUGCACGGCGAGAGAAACAACAACGCUGGACAAGGCGUGAACAAACUGAUUUCUAUCGAGUAGUUUCUACUUUUGGUGUGGAAUAUGACCCUGAUGCUAUGCAGUUCCACUGGGAUCGCUUCCGCACUUUUGCUCGACUGGACAAAAAAACAGAUGAAAGCCUUACCAAGUAUUUCCAUGGUUUUGUGGCCAUGUGCCGUCAAGUAUGCCGCCUUCCCCCAGCAGCUGGAGAUGAACCCCCAGACCCAAAUCUGUUCAUUGAGCCCAUCACAGAGGAGAGGGCCUCGCGGACUCUGUACCGAAUCGAGUUGCUUCGGCGCUUAAGGGAACAAGUUCUAUGCCACCCGCUUUUGGAAGAUAGACUGGCAUUGUGUCAGCCUCCAGGUCCUGAAUUGCCCAAAUGGUGGGAACCUAUUCGUCAUGAUGGAGAGCUUCUACGAGGGGCAGCCCGCCAUGGGGUGAGCCAAACAGACUGCAACAUCAUGCAGGACCCAGACUUCUCUUUUCUGGCUGCCCGUAUGAAUUAUAUGCAGAACCAUCAGGCAGGAGCACCAGCUGCAUCCCUAUCACGCUGCUCUACUCCACUGCUACACCAACAGUAUACCUCGCGCACUGCCUCACCAUUGCCUCUGCGCCCAGAUGCUCCUGUUGAAAAGUCACCAGAGGAGACAGCUGCCCAGGUCCCCAGUCUGGAGAGUCUGACUUUAAAACUAGAGCAUGAGGUGGUGGCCAGGAGCCGACCAAUCCCACAAGACUAUGAGAUGCGAGUAACCCCCUCUGACACUUCCCCUCUGGUGUCCCGGAGUGUCCCACCAGUCAAACUGGAGGAUGAGGAUGAUUCAGACUCUGAAUUGGACUUGAGCAAGCUUUCACCAUCAUCCUCUUCUUCCUCAUCCUCAUCCAGCUCCAGCUCCAGCACUGAUGAGAGUGAGGACGAGAAGGAAGAGAAGCUAACUGCUGACCGGUCCCACCCCAAACUCUAUGAUGAAGAGAGUCUCCUGUCCCUCACUAUGUCCCAAGAUGGAUUUCCAAAUGAAGAUGGAGAACAAAUGACACCUGAGCUUCUGCUACUACAGGAAAGGCAAAGAGCUUCUGAGUGGCCCAAGGAUCGUGUCUUGAUAAACAGAAUUGACCUCGUCUGCCAGGCUAUACUCUCAGGGAAAUGGCCUUCUAACCGCAGGACCCAAGAAAUGAUAACAGGAGGAAUUUUGGGGCCAGGCAACCACUUACUAGACAGUCCCUCAUUGACUCCAGGAGAAUAUGGUGACUCUCCUGUCCCCACACCACGAAGUAGCAGUGCAGCUUCCAUGGCAGAGGAAGAAGCAUCUGCAGUCACCACAGCAGCAGCUCAGUUCACCAAACUUCGUCGAGGCAUGGAUGAAAAAGAGUUUACAGUUCAGAUCAAAGAUGAGGAAGGAUUGAAGUUAACAUUCCAGAAGCACAAAUUGAUGGCUAAUGGAGUAAUGGGAGAUGGACAUCCAUUGUUUCAUAAGAAGAAGGGAAACAGAAAGAAGCUAGUAGAGCUGGAGGUGGAGUGCAUGGAAGAGCCUAAUCACCUUGAUGUGGACCUGGAGACCCGGAUCCCUGUCAUCAAUAAGGUGGAUGGUACUUUGCUGGUGGGUGAGGAUGCCCCUCGCCGGGCUGAACUGGAGAUGUGGUUACAGGGUCAUCCAGAAUUUGCUGUUGAUCCCCGAUUUCUAGCGUAUAUGGAGGAGCGCAGAAAACAGAAAUGGCAGAGAUGUAAAAAAAAUAACAAGGCAGAAUUGAACUGUUUGAGUAUGGAAUCAGUACAGACGGCUAACUCUAGGAAUGGAAAAAAGAGACAGAGUUUCACAUCGGGCAUGAUGUGCAUUCCAGCAACUCAGGAGGCUGAGGGUCACCACACUGAAACAGUGUUCAACCGGGUUUUGCCAGGGCCUAUUGCAUCAGAGAGCAGCAAGAAGCGGGCCCGUAGGACACGACCAGACCUUUCUAAGAUGAUGGCCCUGAUGCAGGGUGGAGGCACUGGGUCCCUAUCUCUGCAUAAUACCUUCCAACACAGCAGUAGUGGCCUACAGUCUGUGUCAUCUCUGGGUCACAGCAGUGCCACUUCUACAUCUUUGCCUUUUAUGCCGUUUGUAAUGGGUGGUGCAACAUCAUCCCCUCAUGUAGACUCCAGCACCAUACUUCAUCACCACCACCACCACCCCCACCCCCACCAUCACCACCAUCAUCAUCCAGGCUUGAGAGCCACUGGCUACCCCACUUCACCAGCGACUACCACCUCUGGUACUGCCUUGAGGUUGCCACCACUGCAACCUGAGGAUGACGACGAUGAGGAGGAUGAAGAUGAUGAUGAUUUAUCUCAGGGCUAUGAUAGCUCAGAAAGGGACUUUUCACUCAUUGAUGAUCCUAUGAUGCCAGCCAACUCAGACUCCAGCGAAGAUGCUGAUGAUUGAAGUCCCAGCAUGGUCCCCAUUGCUUGGGUGGCUGCUGUACUUUAAUUUACUCUGGCCCUUGGACUCAGUGGGAGGGGCAGGGGAGAUGUGGGGAAACCCAGGACUCCAGGAGGUGAAAAGGAAAAAGAAAACUUGUACCUGAUUGCUCCCAAUUUUGAGAGGAUUGGGUGGGCAGGGGAACUCCUUAAAUAAUACAUGACCACUUCCUCAUUUCUGGGGAAGGAAAGGAGACUUAGAGCAGCUGGUGCGCUCACCCCUUCCUAAGACACCUCCAUUAACCACAGACUAUGUAGCGCUGGCCCUAGCCUCUGGCAGAGCCUGUUCCUGGCCGAACUGUGGAUACAGCUGGAGGGUCAGGAACUGUUACCUUCCAUCCCCUUGGCAUUAAUAAAUUUAAGUUAAUCCUU